AUGGCGCGCGGUGCAACCGCAGCGGAUAAUGGCGGCAGUGGGAGAUCGGCCGCUGCUGGCCGCCGCGCGGCGGCGCUGGUGAUGGCGGUGAACGGACGGCGCGUGGCGGUGUGCGAUGUGGAUCCGCGCAUGUCGCUCAGCGAGUUCCUCCGCUCCAGGACAACGUUCACCGGCACCAAGCUGGGCUGCGGGGAAGGUGGCUGCGGAGCAUGUGCGGUGAUGGUGGCGCGCUACGACCCUCUCACCCACACCAUCCACGACCGCUCGCUCAAUGCCUGCCUGCUGCCACCCAUCCUUUUUCCUGCUUCCACCUACCCAUCCCCGCCGUCAUCAGGGGGGUGCGGGGCAUGUGCAGUGAUGGUGGCGCGCUACAACCCGCUCACCCACACCACCGACGAGCGCUCUCUCAAUGCCUGCCUGCUGCCGCUCGCCUCGCUGCACCUCGCCGCCAUCACUCUGCCUCUCUCCGACGCCAACGCAUGCGGAGGAGGUCCCCCCGGGAAGCGGCGACGCUGUUACCAGCACGGGCGGGCGGUGCAGCAGCGGCUGGCGGGGUUCCACGCAUCGCAGUGUGGCUUCUGCACGCCCGGUGUCGCCAUCGCGCUCUAUGCCGCCCUCCGCCGCCACCGCUCCCCUGCCGCUGCUGAGGUUGAUCGAAAAGGGGGGGUUAUUGAGGCUGUAUCUGCUGCUCCUGUGGCAGCGGGUGGUGGAGUGGAGGUGGUGGAGGGGCUGUCAGAGGAGGAGGCGGAGCAGGCGAUGGCGGGCAACCUGUGUCGCUGCACGGGGUACCGCCCCAUCCUUGACGCCUGCAAGAGCUUUGCUGGUCCCGCUAGCAGCGCAGGUGCAGAUACAGUGGGUGGAGCAGCGGGGCUGAUGGAUCUGGAGGAGCUGGGGUCGUUCAGGCGACCCUGCCUACUGCUGCCCUUCUUCAUGAGCACAGAUCCGUGGGUGGUGGGGCUCAGCGAGUUCGCCGCUGCUGCAUCAGCUGAGGCGCCAGCACAGGGACGUGCAGUGGCGCAGCGGGGCACCAAGUGCAGCGCUGAGGGCAGCGGGGUGUGCAGUGCUGAGGGCAGCGGGGUGUGCAGCGCGCGUGGCAAGCCCCUGCCCCUCUACAACCCCCUCUGCGACCCGCCCUUCCCCGCAUGGCUCAAGCUGGAAGCAAAGCAGCAGGCCAGCCGGUGGCAGGAGCGCGCAGGGAGGGGGGUGAACGGCGAGGGAGGGGAGAUGCUGGUGUGGGAGCACUGGGAGGAAGCAGGGGUGGGGGGAGAAGGUGGGUUGUGGGGAGAGUGGGGGUUGGAGGGAGAAGUGGACGUGGCAGGUGACGGUAGUGAUGGUGACGGGGGCAGCAGUGCAGGAGCUAGUGCGGAGGAGGCAGGGGGGCAGCCGGGGAAGGGGUGGAGGAGAGGGAGCAGGAAGGUGAUGUGGGUGGCGCCCAGGAGUCUAGAGGAGCUGAGAAUGGUGCUGCUGAAGUCAAGGCACGGAGGGAGCAGUGAUGAGGGGAUGGGAACAGGCGAGGAGGGAGGAGCAGGCGGGAGCAGCAGCAAGGAGGAGCAAAGAGCAGGAGGAUCAGGCGCUAUCCCUCGGGGCGAGUGUGAGAGUGAGUGGGGCGAGGUGCGGCUGGUGGCGGGCAGCACGGCAGCAGGUGUGUAUCCUGACCUGGCACGCUGUGACUCCAUGGCGCAUGUCACUCUCGUGGACGUCAAGGGACUGCCGGAGUUGCAGCACGUGGCGUGGGAGGAGGGGCCUGCUGGGGAGGACGGUGAGGGGGGUGAGAGGGGAGGGGGUGGAGAGGGUGGAGAGGGUGGAGAGGGUGGAGAGGGUGAAGCAGCAGGGAAGGAGCGUGUUAUGGGGAUUAGGUUCGGUGCGGCUGUGACUCUAUCGGAUGUGAUUGCAGUGCUGGAGGCCGUGGCGAGGAAGGUUGCCGCUGGUGGCUCGGCUGCUGCAGACUACAGAGGCCCUGUCAUGCACGGCUGGGAUGACGCCAACGGGACAGCAUCACCACCAGCAGUGGCGGCGGCGGCGGCAGUUUUCUCGCGAGUAGCAGCCCAUGUGAGGAGGGUGGCGGGGCCGCAUGUGCGCAACGCUGCCAGCAUCGGCGGCAACCUUGUGCUGGCUGCGUCUCGCCGCGCCUUCCCCUCCGAUGUUGCCACUCUGCUGCUGGCGCUCCAUGCCUCUGUGCGCACCGCCACUCCCUCUCCCGGUCCCCCCGCCUCUGCAUCUCUCACAGGCAGCACAGCACGCAGCGAUGGGUGGGUGUGGGAGGAUCUCCCACUUGAGGCGUUUCUUCACCGCUCCCGACUCCCUCCCACCAUUCUCCUGCACUCUGUCUUCCUGCCCUGCCCCACGCCCUCUCCCCCCCCUCCCACCUCGCCCUCCUCUACCACUCCUCAGCUCGUGUUUGACUCCUUCCGUGCCUCUGCCUGCCCCUCUGGCAACGCCUAUGCCUAUGUCAACGCUGCCUUCCUCCUCCACAUCGCCCCCUCCUCCAUUCCACCACCCUCCGCCUCCUCCACCGCCUCCUCCACUGUAACCUCCUCUCCCCAUCCCCCGGCCCCCAUCAUCCAGUCCGCCCGCCUGGUCUUUGGCGCCUUCAACGGUCCGCACGCCAUCAGAGCCCGCCGCGCCGAGGCCUGUCUGCUGGCACCCAAUGGUGUGCUGACACCUGGCAGCGUGCUGGCGGCGGUGAGGGCAGUACGGGAGGAGGUGGUGCCCGGUGAGGGCACGCGGUGGGCGCAGUACCGCGUGGAGGCGGCCGUGGGGUUCCUCUUCUCCUUCCUCUCGCGCCUCCUGCCCCACACCCACCUGCCCCACACCACCACCCUGCCCCACACCACCACCCUGCCACGCACCGACCUGCCCCACACCACCACCCUGCCCCACACCACCACCCUGCCCCACACCCACCUGCCCCACACCACCACCCUGCCCCACACCACCACCCUGCCCCACACCACCACCCUGCCCCACACCACCACCCUGCCACGCACCGACCUGCCCCACACCACCACCCUGCCCCACACCACCACCCUGCCCCACACCACCACCCUGCCCCACACCACCACCCUGCCACGCACCGACCUGCCCCACACCACCACCCUGCCCCACACCACCACCCUGCCCCACACCACCACCCUGCCCCACACCACCACCCUGCCCCACACCACCACCCUGCCCCACACCACCACCCUGCCACGCACCGACCUGCCCCACACCACCACCCUGCCCCACACCACCACCCUGCCCCACACCACCACCCUGCCCCACACCACCACCCUGCCACGGACCGACCUGCCCCACACCACCACCCCGCCACGGACCGACCUGCCCCACACCACCACCCUGCCACGCACCGACCUGCCCCACACCACCACCCUGCCACGGACCGACCUGCCCCACACCACCACCCUGCCACGCACCGACCUGCCCCACACCACCACCCUGCCACGGACCGACCUGCCCCACACCACCACCCUGCCACGGACCGACCUGCCCCACACCACCACCCUGCCACGGACCGACCUGCCCCACACCACCACCCUGCCACGGACCGACCUGCCCCACACCACCACCCUGCCACGGACCGACCUGCCCCACACCACCACCCUGCCACGGACCGACCUGCCCCACACCACCACCCUGCCACGGACCGACCUGCCCCACACCACCACCCUGCCACGGACCGACCUGCCCCACACCACCACCCUGCCACGGACCGACCUGCCCCACACCACCACCCUGCCACGCACCGACCUGCCCCACACCACCACCCUGCCACGGACCGACCUGCCCCACACCACCACCCUGCCACGGACCGACCUGCCCCACACCACCACCCUGCCACGGACCGACCUGCCCCACACCACCACCCUGCCACGGACCGACCUGCCCCACACCACCACCCUGCCACGGACCGACCUGCCCCACACCACCACCCUGCCACGGACCGACCUGCCCCACACCACCACCCUGCCACGGACCGACCUGCCCCACACCACCACCCUGCCACGCACCGACCUGCCCCACACCACCACCCUGCCACGCACCGACCUGCCCCACACCACCACCCUGCCACGGACCGACCUGCCCCACACCACCACCCUGCCACGGACCGACCUGCCCCACACCACCACCCUGCCACGGACCGACCUGCCCCACACCACCACCCUGCCACGGACCGACCUGCCCCACACCACCACCCUGCCACGGACCGACCUGCCCCACACCACCACCCUGCCACGGACCGACCUGCCCCACACCACCCUUCCUCACACCACCUUGCCUCAGGCGGACCUGCCAGGGAAGAGCACAGGGAAUGGGGAUGGCGCAGUGGGUGCCAGCAACACGCGCUGCCCUGAGGAGGCUCACGGCGCUGCUGCAGGGGCUGAGAGCAGUGAUGGGGCGCAUGGCAGCAGCAGGCAGCAGCACGAGGUGAUGAGGGGCCGGCAGGUGUUGUGUUGCCACGCCAGGUACGUGGACGACAUGCCAGCGCCAGCCGCGUGUCUCUACGCCGCCUUUGCAGUGGCCACGCACCCCUGUGCUCGCAUCACCGCGCGCUGCUACAGCGCUGCACUCGCCUCCCCGGGAGUGGUGGCGGUGCUGGACGCCUCGCACCUGCCGCCCGGGGGGGCCAACGUGGCCUCGCUGCUUCUGGGGGCGGCGGACACGCUGUUUGCUCACGACAGCACGGAGUUUCAUGGCCAACCUGUGGCCCUCGUGGUGGCAGACUCAUACCGCCACGCACAGGAGGGCGCACGCAAGGUGCACUGCUCCUACCACCCCUUUCCUCUGCCUGCCGCAUCGCAACCAGCAGCAGCAGCAGGAGCAGCAUCAGCAGCAGAAGAAGCAUCAGCAAGAGCAAGAGCAGCAGGGUCAGCAGAAGAAGCUGUAUCAGCAGAUGCAUCCAGUGCAGGCCGGGGCAGGCGGGGUCCCCUUGUGACAACAGAGCAGGCGGAGGCAGAGGGCGCCUUCCUCCCUCUCCCCCCCGCCUUCCUCAACUGCCUGCCUCGUCGAGGAAAUUUCCAGGAAGCUUUUGACAAGAGCCCGUUGAAGAUCAGCGGAGAGGUGCGGUCGGGCUCACAGCAGCAUUUCUACUUGGAGCCGCAGGCAGCGCUGGCGAUACCAGACGAGGGGGGCAGCAUGACGGUGCACAGCGCCACGCAGAGCCCCGAGCACACGCAGCAGGCCGUGGCCCUCGCCCUGGGCCUGCCCCUCUCCUGCGUGCGCGUCGUCACCCGCCGGCUGGGUGGCGCGUUCGGUGGCAAGACGGUUCAGGCCAGCCGUGUGGCAGUGGCGUGUGCGCUGGCAGCGCAGCGACUGCAGCGACCCGUGCGCAUGGCCUUGGACCGCAAGGCCGACACGGCGCUCACAGGCGGGCGGCACGAGGGGCGCGCGCGGUACGACGUGGGGUGUGACGGCACGGGGCACGUGCACGCACUGCGCGUGCGGGCGGUGCUGAACGGCGGCAGCAGCGCCAGCAUCAGCUGCUGGCUGGCCGCUAACUACGGGCCGGCUCUGGUGCAGUACGCGUGGGGGGCACUGGAGAUCGACUUCAAAGUGGUCAGGUGCGGUGGUGGGGGAGGGAGUGUGGUGGAGAUGGGAGGAUGGUGGGUUGUGUGGAAGAGGGGAAGGGAGGGGUGGCGAUGGGAGGGAUUGGGAGGAGAUGGGACGGACCUACCGACGCGCAGCCCAGUGAGGGCGCCAGGCGAGGUGCAGGCGGUGGUGGUGGCGGAGAGCGUGAUGGACCACGUCGCUGCUGCCCUGGGGCUGCCCCCCCUGCUCGUGCGUGAGCGCAACCUUAUCACCACCCACGCCCUCCCAGAGGGGGAGGAUAAGGAGGAGGGGGAGGAGGAUGAGGGAGCGAUAGCACAGCGGGUGUGGAGGGAGGCGAAGGCCCUUGCGGGCUACACCGAGCGCGCAGCAGCGGUAGAGGCAUUCAACACGGUACACGUGUGGCGCAAGCGGGGCGUGGCCAUGGCGCCGGCACUCUACCACGUGGCGCUGCUCGCCAAGCCCGUACGCAUGACGGUGUUUGGCGACGGGUCGGUGGUGGUGGAGGCGGGCGGCGUGGAGAUGGGGCAGGGGCUCUCCACCAAGCUGCGCCAGGCCGCUGCCCUCGGCCUCAACGCCCUCUGGGGCACCACUGCUACCGGCACAGCAGAUGCUGCCUCCUGUGCCGCCGUGCUGCUCGCCUGCCAAAAGCUGCUGCCCACGCUGCUCACCGCCAAGGCUGCAGCCGAGCAGGCCAAGGCAUGCCAGCGGGUGAAGCGGGAUAGCGGACUUAUUAAAGGGGAGUCACGAAUAGGAGAAGAUGAUGUGGCGGUGGAGGAGGAUGACGUGGCGAGGUGGGAGGAGGUGGCAGCGCAGGCCAAGGCCAUGGAUGGGAGGUGA